UUGUAACUAACAGUCGCCUUGUAGCACACCUCUUAACGUUCGCCUUGUAGCACUAAACCAUUUUAUCUAAUCAACGGCAUGCUGCACGUCAUGAAUGCUCAGACUCACUUAGUCUCGCUUGCCCGUGUGUUGCCCCGUCACUCUCAUUGUGCUGAUGCCAUUUGGUUGUGCGUGACCGUGUCUGAAGCUGGCGUACAGGUCCUUCAGGCCCUCCCGCUCCCGCUGGUGACGCCUCCGACUCCACCUCCCCCGGCACCGUCCUCCACCCCACCACCACCACCACCACCACCACCACCACCACCACCACCACCACCACCACCACCACAAGUUGCGGCUGCUCCACCGACGGUCGGGCUUCCUGCUCGGGCUCCGGCGCAGACCAGGGUGGAGCCUCGUGGCGUCUCCGUGGAGGAGACGCCGUGCGGGGAGGCCACCCUGGCGCCGGAGCCGAAGAAGAAGAGGAGGAAGACGACGACGACGGGCGACGUGGAGCAGCCGGCAACGCCCGCUCCUGCUCGGGCUGAGACCCGGUUGCCUGAGGGCUGGCGGACAGCCCUCACCGGGGCAGAGCAGGAGUGGAUCGGCCGGGCGCUGUUCCAGCAGACCAGCGGGGGGUCCCUCAAGCUAACCACGGACCUCAAGCUGUGGUGGGACCCCCCCCAGCCCCGGCUGAACUAUACUCAGCCACCCGCCUCGGCGGCUGCCUUCUUCGCGUGUCGGUUGUUCCUCUGGGCGCCCCUGCACAUGUGGGGUCCCCGGCCGACAUGCUGCCAGAAACAUCUCACCAAGUGUGGGAUGUACAAGACCAUCCGGAAGGUCUUGGACAUCGACGGCUGGUACUUGAUGGCCACCGAGUACCUGGAGUGCCGUCGGUGUCGGAGGAAGGUAGCCGCCUGGUCGCAGGAGGUCGUGAGGCAGCUGGGAGAGGGGCAUCGCGCCCUCUUCCCGGCGAUCCUCACCUACAAGCUUGCCUGCGACCGGCGGGUCAUCAUCCAGCUGCGUGAGCGUACUCGGGGGAACAGCGCCACGCAGCUGCAAAAAAAACUCUGUGAGGCACACACAGAGGCCUGGAUGCGGCGGUCCAUACACUACCUCAGCGUCAUGGAGCCCUUCACGUCGACGGGUGUCGUGCGCCAGUGCACCCCACCGCCGAAACCAUCGCCAGACGUGCCGCAGUACGGCUGGCUGUUGGUGGUGUACUGCCACGACAUCCUGUCUCGCCUGGAGGACGUGAAGGCCCGGGUCACCUCAGUCUUCGGAUCCAUCUUGAAGAUGGAUUCGACCAAGAAGGUGACCCGGAAGCUCGCCGGUGCCGCCGCCCAUACCGCAGCCUGGGCGACCAACGUGGGCAACGAGCACGGGCAGGUGCUAAUGUCCGUGCUCACGGCCACCGAGGGGGGUGGCCUGUUGCCCAUGGCCGCGGGGUUAAUGCGGCGGUACCGGGACGCUGGGGUAGCGCAGCCUCGCGUCCUCUACGUCGACCGGGACUGCUGUUCGUCCCACGGGGGGUCCAAGGCAGCUGCUGCGUUCCAGGAGUGGGACAAGCUGGUGGUCCGGUUGGACAUUUGGCACCUGAUGCGACGCUACGCAUCAGGUGUCACAACCGAGAGCCACCAGCUCUACAAGCCCUUCCUGCAGCAGCUGUCCGCCAGUAUCUUCCUGUGGGACCCAGAGGACACAGCCCGGUUGCUCAACGCCAAGAGGAGGACGCUAGAGGCGCAGGGGAUGACCUUCUCGUCCGAAGCCGGAGUGUGGAGGCACGUCAGCCGCAGGGAGAUGGCUCUCCAUUGCCGUCGCCGCACGCGUGGAGCUGCGGCGACCGAGCGGCUGAUUGAUGACCUCCUGCAAACCUUCGGCGGUGCCAACGGGCGAGACACCAUGGGGAUUCCCCUGCUGGACCGAGACCGCAUCCAGGCAAUCCGUGCGGAGCAGCGACGGCACCUCGAGUGCAUCCAGGACCCGCCGGGCGUGGAGCUGUACACGGAGACAGGCAGGCUGACCAAGGGGGGGAUCAGCCUGCCGACGUACCGUUGUGCGCGCGGCUCCACGUCCCUGGAGUCGUUCCAUCUCCACCUCAACCGCUUCAUUCCAGGAGAAAGUGCCAACCCUUGGCACUUCCAGGCUUUUCUCCUGGAGGGGUUGGUGAGAUGGAACGAGGACAGGGCGGCGUCCGCGGCACAGGAGGGUCGUCCGCUGCUCCGCACCUACAGUGGCCCCCUGCAGCACUCCCUUGACCAGCUCAGCCAACGGGUGCUUGGCUCGAGUUUGGUCAGGGACUACACCAAGCCCAGGGAGUACACGGGGGAACUCAUCGGCAUCGAGUACCUGUACUCCCAGACGGGCAGAGUGCUGCAGGACGUCAGCUUGGACCCUGACGUUCCGGACGCGGGUCCACCGCCUACCGAGGAGGACGACGAGCUCGCCGAAGGCCGGCAUGAGUUGGAGGACCUCACACUCCACGUGCCUGGCGAGUUCACCGCUCCUCGGACGGACCCGCGGUCAGGGCAACCAGCUGACGCACCCGCGCCCGAGCCAUCCCGUCCGACCGAUCCCCCCGAGCCCGCGCCCCGCUCCCCCGGCCGGUCCUCACCAGAGCCUCAGCAGACCGCUGAGGACUACCGAGGACCAGACGACCAGCCGGGGUACCUGGCCGUGGUCCGCUUGGCCACGGCCUUAGUGGGGCUGCGCCACGAACAGGCCCUGUCCGAGGGGAGGGUAGACGAGCUCAUCGGGCUCUACGAGGCCCUGUCCCCGUUCGACAGGGCCCGAGUAGUUUACCCUCCCCGCUACACGGACGGGGCAGCUCGGGGGGGUCGAUUCAUGGCAGCGAAGCCAGGCCGCACCAGUAUCCCUGGUGUGGAGAGCCUGCGACGCUGCCUGGUCGGACAGACCUCUGGACCCGCCAGCAGUCCCAGCACAAGCCGGCUGGUAGAAGCAGUGUGCGUCCAGCUCUGCAACCUGUACCCUACGGGCACCCGUGUGCAAGGCGGCGCCCGGGGUACACGGUGGGACAGCGCACUGCUUCGUUACCGCCACAUCCGGGAGCUUGUGCUGGGACACCAGAGGUUGAUGGCUCGGGCGCCCGUUCAGCUCUUUGAGCUGAACGCUAGGACCCUCUCGCUGUGGUUUACCCGGACGCAGCGAGAGAAGGAGAGGGCUGUGCUGACUCCAGGCGUUGCAGCAGACGGAGGACGACCACCGGCGGCGGCGGCCGCGGCGACAGCGCCGGGCCCGGCCUCAGCAGCGGCGGUGGAUCGUCCGGCGGCAGCAGCAACGGCGACGCCGGCGGUGCCUCAAGGCCGGGCGACGACAGCGGCAGCGAGGGGGGCGGCGGCGGCGGCCCCGGCAGCGGCACCGGCUGUGGCAGCACCGGUGCCCGCUCUGCCGGCGCCCAGACGGCUACUGGCACCUCGACAGCCCGCCCCCUCGGCUGCUUACCCGGUCUUCCUGCCGACGGCUGCUGCUGCCGCAGCUGCAACUGGACCUUUAAGAGCAGCACAGCCUCUCCUUGUGGACCUCUCACUGCCCCGGCAGUAUGUGUGGGUGCUCCCCGUCCCCCCCCCCCACCUGACGCUCCCUCGGACAUUGCCGGCUCCACACGUCCUCCCUCGGCCGCUGGCCGCCGCACAGCACGCCGGCCCUGAGCUGCCUGUAGCCCUGCCCGCCGCACAGCACGCCGGUGAGCUCCCUGUACCCCUGAGAACUGUACAAUGGAGGAGGCUGACCGCCGAGCGGCGGGCGGAGGGGGGGAACCGCUCUAGCCGGGCCAACGUGGGCGUGCCACAGGCACAUAAGUGCAGUAAAUGCGGCCAGCCGAGGCGGAGGGAGACCGGACACUCCCGCCACGGCAGAGAAUACUUCUGCUCUGUCGCGGCGGGUCAGAGUGUGGAGGACUGGCUGAGGGAGAAGAAGGAGCGGGACCAGGGUGGAGCCCCGCGCUGAUGCGCACUCACUUGCCGGGGAUGGUGUUGUACAUAGUUAUUUUGUAUAUAGUUGUUAUUCUGUUGUGUAUAUAGUUAUUUUGCAGUGUUAGUGUAUAUAGUUAUUUUGCAGUGUAUAUAGUUGUUUAGUGUGUAUAGUUCUGUUUUGUUGGUUAAUUACUAAGUGCAUACACACUGCCAUAUUUAUUCAUAUGGCAUAUAACAUAACAUAGCAUAUAACAUAUAACAUAGCAUCUAACUUCGCGGAGGACGGUUCACGACUCAUUAAUUCCUGAUAAUGGACACCUCGUCGGGCAUCAUCCCUUACAUACAUAUAUAUAUAUAUAUAUACUGUAUAUGAAUGAAUAAUAAAAUAAGUUUUCUCU